CUCCUUACAACAUUUGUUGCAACCAUCUGCUGUGUCAAUGCAGGCAAGACACAGAAGUUGUUGGCAGCUAUGCUUGGUAUGAACCCUGGGAUGAUGGCUGGUAUGAACGGAGGAAUGGCAAACGGAGUGGUGAACCCUGGGAUACUGGCUGGAGGCCUGAACCCUGGGAUGAUGGCAGGUAUGAACCCUGGGAUGAUGGCAGGUAUGAACCCUGGGAUGUUCGCUGGUAUGAACCCUGGGAUGAUGGCAGGUAUGAACCCUGGGAUGUUGGCUGGUAUGAACGGAGGAAUGGCAAACGGAGUGGUGAACCCCCGGUUAAUGGCUGGAGGCCUGAACCCUGCCAUGGUAGCUGGUGGAGGGGCAGGUUUCAUCGGGCAGCCGCAGUUCGUCCAGUUUGUUCAACGAGUUCCUGCUUUUGCUGCUCCAGCCCCUAUUGCCAAUGUGUACGCUGUCCCUGCAGUCAAUAGGUUUCCCUUCAUGGGAGUGCCUCAAGGGGCACAAAUGAAUCCUCCUCAGCAGCCUCAGAUGGGGGUCCCAGGUGGCGCCAUGCAACAGCAGGUUCCCCUUCAGGCUGAUCCAUUCAGAAGAUUCAGGCGUCAGAAUAUGAAACAAGACAACACCUUGAAGGCCACUGUGGAUACCCAGAUUCCAGCUCCCAUUGAAGCUACUACAACCACUCCCUGUGAGGGGGGAGUUCGUCAUGAAGAUUAUUAAGAUGACAGUGAUACAUUUUAAUCAGAUAUGCAAGAAGUAUCAAAAUGAUAAUAAAACUUGAUUUGUAUGAUUUUGUCUCGACCAAUGACAAUGGAAUCUGUUUGUCUUAUUAAUUAUUAUAAGACUUUAGACUAACUUAAUGAA